AUGUUCGGGAGAACGGGCCUGAAUACCAUUGCUAACGAGAGCACCGCCACCGAGUGGAGCUCGGUCACAACAGCAGUGCAGCUGUUACAACGACGUGCGUUUUCGCGACCGCGACGGCCGUUCAGAAAAAAGAUUAAACGAUCGAGACCGCACAAACCCAACGACAACGUCUCGCUGUUAUUAAUAUUCUGUCUUGGCCAGUUUUCCGUCGUUCAUCUCGAGAACACUAACGAUAAUUUCGGAAGAGAAACAAAACCGCCCGUCCGAAGUAUGGACACCGACCAAAGCGAAAAUGCAAGAAAAAAACAAACAAAAAAAAACACGCGUCGCGAAAUUAAAUCUCGCUGGACGUCGGUGGUGAUCGCGCACAGCGAUGUAUCGGUACGCGGUAGUGAAACCGGUGUCACAAACUCGCAUCGCCCGGAAUCUCCGGGGUCGGGCGGGGCCGACGGGGGAAGUCGAAAUGUAUCGGAUUCCGCGAAGUCUGUCCGGGCACGGCCGACGGCGGUUUGA